UUGGCACUACCAAAAUUAUUGGAAUAUCAAACUUCCACUGAGAUUGCAUACAAGUGAAAGCAUAAUUAAUAUUAUACCUUAAGAUAAGGAUAGAAGCACGUAUCUAAACAAUUCUCUCACGUAGAGAUAUGGAAUGGAAGAAAUGUUAUUUGGAUGUAAUAUUGGUCCCCUUAGGAAUUCUAUUAAGCAUUGGUUACCAUGUUUGGCUGUGGUACAAUGUUCGAACUCAUCCACAUACAACUAUCAUUGCCAUCAAUGCCAGGGGCAGAAGGAAUUGGGUUGCUUCCAUCAUGAAGGACAAUGAAAAGAAAAACAUCCUAGCUGUUCAAACACUAAGGAACACAGUAAUGGGUGCGACCCUAAUGGCCACAACAUCUAUUCUCCUGUGUUCAGGUUUAGCAGCAAUAAUAAGCAGCACCUACAGUAUAAAAAAGCCACUAAAUGACACAAUUUAUGGAGCACAUGGAGAAUUUAUGGAAGCACUUAAAUAUGUCACACUUUUAACUAUCUUCUUAUUCUCAUUCUUUUGCCACUCUCUAUCCAUAAGGUUCAUAAAUCAAGUGAACAUCUUAAUCAACAUCCCGCAGGAUUCCAAUACUUCUUUGGUCACACCAUUAUAUGUUAGUGAGAUAUUAGAAAGAGGCUUCAUUUUAAACACCGUUGGAAAUAGACUCUUCUAUUCAGCACUUCCUUUGUUGUUGUGGAUUUUUGGUCCUGUUUUGGUUUUCCUCUGUUCUCUCACUAUGGUUCCUUUGCUUUAUAACCUUGACUUUGUCCUCACUAAGGGAAAGAUGGACCCAAAUCAUGAUAAUACGGAUUUUGUCUGAAUUUGUAAUCAUCUAAUAUAAUGUACUUUAACUUUUAAGUAAUAAUUCCACUUGGAGUUUUUCUUUCAAUCAUUAAGAUUAGGUGUACGUGAUCUUCGAUCCUCCACGUUGCAACAUCUCAUUUGUAAUUGUAUUCACAACUUGCACCCCUCGUUAUUCAACACAAUCAAAUUCUCAUCUAAAUAUUGUUUGAA